AUGGGGAAAAGAAAGUUAGAUAACAAAGUACUAGAGAAGAAAAAGCAAAUACAGCAAGAAAAAGAUGCUGAGUUAUUGUCUGGAGUAUUUAAUAAUAAUGAACAACAACUUUCUGACGUGGAUGUUGAAAAUUGGGAUAAUGAAGAGAUGGAAUAUGAAUUACAACCAAGACAACUAAAAAAACAAAAGAAAUUAGUAGAAGCAUUACCAAUAAAGACGUCGGAUGGUACAUUACAAAGAGUGAUACGAGAAGAGGUGGAUAUACCUGAAGAAGAACCUCAAGAUGAAGAAGAUGAAGAAGGUGAAGAUCAAAUUAUCCAGGAAGAUCAACAAGAUGAAGAAGACCAAUAUUCAAACCUUUCACCUCGUGAGAAAUUAACCAAAUUAAAAGAAGAGAUUGCAGAGUUGGCAUCUAAAUUAAUUGAAGAUCCAGAGGAGAAUAUAUCAUGUUUAACUCGUUUACGUAAAAUGUCAGAAUCAAAAAAUUUCAUGACUUCACAAUUAGCUAUAAUGUCAUUAGCACCAAUCUUCAAAAGUUUAGCACCAUCAUAUAAAAUAAGACCAUUGACGGAUGUUGAGAAACGAGAGAAAGUGUCUAAAGAAGUUGCAAGAUUGAGAAAUUUUGAACAAAAUUUGGUCUUUAAUUAUAAGUGUUACAUUGAAUUAUUAUCAAAAUACUCAAAAACUUCAUAUUCAAAUAGUGAAAACAAUAUGAAAAAUAUAACUUCAGAUCAGUUAAAACGUGGUAAUAUAGCCAUCAAAGCUGCUAAUGAAUUAUGUAAUUCAUCAAGUUUGAAACAUUUCAAUUUUAGAGAUGAUUUAUUCUUAAUAAUAAGUAAAAGAUUGAAUAAAAAACCAACAAAUCAAGAGGAUCUAAAAGUUUUCCAACAAUCAAUACGUAUAUUUGAAAUUUUACUUAACGAAGAUUCAGAACAUGGAGAUAUAACUUUUGAUUUAAUAAAAGUAUUAUGCAAAACCAUCAAAGAUAAAAAAUAUAGAGUGGAUGAAUCAGUGAUUAAUAUUUUAUUAUCAACAAAAUUAUUACAAGAUUAUGAUCCAAAUAAUAAUAAACAAGAAGAUAAGCCAAAAUUGAAGAAAAAGGAUAGAGUUCAUUUGUCUAAAAAAGAACGUAAGGCAAGAAAAGAAAUAAAAGAAAUUGAAGAAGAGAUGAGAAAGGCUCAACAAUCCAUAACUAUUGAGCAAAGAGAAAAAUAUCAGGCACAAGUUCUAAAAAUGAUACUUACAUUAUAUCUUGAAAUUUUGAAAGCUGGUAGUUCAAGUGAAAAUAAUGCCAAUGCAAACAAUUUAGUAGGGUCGGUUUUAGAAGGAUUAUCUAAAUUUGGUCAAAUGUCAAAUUUAGAUUUAUUAGGUGAUUUCUUAACUGUUUUGAAAGAAAUUAUGAUUGAUAUAAUUGAUGAUCAUAAUUUAGAAGGUGGACUUUAUGAAAAUAAACAAUUUAGAACAAUUUUAUUAUGCAUUGCUACUUCAUUUUCAUUAAUUUUAAAUCAUCAAUCUGUCGGUAAAUUACCUUUCAAUAUUGAUUUAAAACAAUUUAUUUCAAUUUUGUAUCAAAUUUUAACUGAACUUUCAUUAGAUGCAGAUAUAGAAUUUAAUCAUAAAUCAUUAAGAUUAAUUGAUCCAGAUAGUGACGAAAAACCUUCUGUUAAUGUAAGUAUAAAAUCUGAAUUAUUACUAAGAUGUUUAGAUUUCAUCUUUUUUAAAUCUAAAAAUGGAUCUAAUAUGAGAGCUGCUAGUUUUAUCAAAAGAUUAUAUAUUACAUUAUUAGACACUCCAGAAAAGACAAGUUUAACACUUUUAAAAUUUAUUGGAAAAUUGAUUAAUCGUUAUGAUGGGUUAAAAGGUUUAUGGAAUACUGAAGACAGAAUAAGUGGAGAAGGUAAUUAUAUAUUGGGUAUUGAAUCAAAUAUGAUAGAUAAACAAAUUGAAAUUGAAAGAUCAAAUUUUGGCGCUGCUACUUUAUGGGAAAACGUUUUAUUGGAUAAACAUUAUUGUCCAAUGGUUAAAGAUGGUGCAAGAUCAUUGAUGAAGAAUUCAAAAAGUAAUAAAUAA